AUGACUGUUACCGACCGUUUGAUCCAACACGUUGAUGAGGAACAGCUUGAGACCAACCUUCCUAGCCGUGUCAACUACCUCAAGGCAUUCCUCAAAUUCACCGAUGAGGAUGGUGCUGCUAUACAGAGCGCCAAGGGCCUCAUUGCCCCUGCUCUCCCAGCAAUUCUCGACACAAUCUACACCAACCUGAUCGGUUUCGAUGUCACCGCCAAAUCCUUCGUACCUCCUCAGCCAGAGCAGGAGAAGAUCAGUAGCUCGGCAAAAACCACAGUUGCCGAGCUCUCACUCACCCACCCUAACAUCUUGCACCGCAAGGACUUCCUCAAGUCAUAUCUCGUCAAGCUCGUGAGCAACAGCGAUUGGUCCGACGGUAGCAAGUUCUGGGAAUACCUCGACAAGGUCGGCGUCAUGCACACGGGCAAACCCGGAUUCAAGCAUCGCGAGAAGAGGCCGGAGCUGCGCGUCGAGGUGAUGCAUAUGUCCCUGCUAUUGGGAUUCGUGGAAGAUAUCGUGCUUCAGGCGACGAUGGGAGCAGAGGAGUUGGACAUUCAGACUAAGACGAAUGUUAUCAGGGCUUUUAACAAGUUGAUCAUGGAUUCAGAACGAUCUGUUCCAGAAGCACUAUGUCUCUAA